UGGAGCAGUCACGUGGUACAGCAGUGAGCAGCUCAUCACUUCCGACUCCAACUUCUGUAUGUGCUUCACGAAAAUGUCCUCUAUUACUCGACAGUCGACUCACGCUUCGAAGCUCGUCUCUUAGUUAAAUAGUAGGAAUACGCGGGUAAGUCCAGCAUGUCAGGCUCCAGGGUGAUGAGGGUUAUCCGGGUGAGUGAGUUCGGCGGUCCGUCUGUGCUGAAACUUUGCACGGACGCGAAGGUUCCGCAACCUGGCAGCCGUCAGGUGUUAAUUCAUGUUCAUGCCUGCGGCGUGAAUCCCGUGGACACGUACAUCCGAACAGGGACGUACACGACGAAGCCCUCCCUGCCGUACACGCCUGGCAGCAACGUAGCUGGAGUGGUGGACAGUGUUGGAGACGGCGUCACAACAGUCAAGGUUGGGGAGCGCGUGUUCACCACAGCCACCGAUUCUGGAGGUUAUGCAGAAUUUUCUGUAGCCACGGAAGAGAGCGUCCAUAAACUGCCUGACGCUUUAGACUAUGAGCAGGGAGCGUCUAUCGGCACCGCGUACUUCACAGCUUACAGAGCUCUGGUUCACAAGGCGCGUGUAAAGCCUGGAGACACUGUCCUCAUCCAUGGAGCCAGUGGGGGGACUGGAGUUGCGGCGUGUCAGCUCUCACAUGUGCUGGGCCUCAAGGUGCUGGGCACAGCAGGGACCACAGAGGGGAUGCAGCUUGUUGCUGACAACGGAGCUCACCUGACGUUUAACCACAGAGAGAAGGACUACACUGGCAAAAUCAUGGAAGCCACAGGAGGAAAGGGAGUGGAUGUGAUUGUGGAAAUGCUGUCUAAUGUCAACCUCCACCAAGAUCUCCAGAUGUUGGCGGUGGGAGGACGUGUUGCGGUGGUGGGCUGCAGAGGCUCCAUAGAAAUCAACCCCAGAGACAUCAUGACCAAGGAGACCAGCAUCAUCGGUGUUUUUCUCAACUCUGCUACACCGGCUGAGAGGAAGGAGUGUAUGGCGCUACUGGAAGCCGGCAUGGAAGCUGGUUGGCUGCGUCCGGUCGUCGGUGCCCGGUAUAACCUGGACAAAGCUGCUCAGGCUCACCAUGACAUCAUCCAUUCUCCUGGGGCCACUGGGAGGAUUGUCCUGACCAUGUGAUGACAAGCAGGUCACCUGAUCAUAUGCCAAAAUAAACGUUGGGUUAGAGUUGCCCGCACACAUGCAGGGAAUACAUGACACUAAUAAAAUAAAGUUGUCGUGUUGUUACACUUCCAUGCCUCUAGAUGGCACUGAUGUGUCAGACAAGUGUGUAUGUUGUAUGAUGGAGUGUUCAGUUGGGUUGUUUGUCGGCAGCCACAUGUUAGGCAUGUGUCGUCUACGCCAUCUUUCUAUCUAUUUUACGGCAGCAAUAUACACCCCGCUCCCCUUCUAAAAACGUUAUUCAUAAUCGAUCAUCCUUCCAGCCAUUUCCCUCCGCUUAUCGCGGGGCGGCAGUCUCAGUAUGGAGUAGUAGGGCUUCACACAGAGGCGUCAAUCACUAUUUGUUUGUUUAUCCGUAACCGGAUAUGACUUCUCUUCGCAAAAAGUAGUAUACGCGAAGUUCAAGUAUACUUGAGUAUACGUUUAAAGGUAUACUACAUAUGAUGUACUUUUAGUAUACUAGAAAGUAUACUAAUUUAAUACUCGGACUAAAUUGGAACAUUUUAAGCUUAUAAAGAAGUAUACUGUAACACUCUACGCUCAGCCAAACACCAGACCAGACGGGCGGAACAACAGCCGUUUUUUUUAUUAAGGUCAAAAGAACCAGGCUUCCUAACAAGGGCUACUUUCGCGGCCGUAACCCAUGCCUACAACUACCGAACAUGCGGUUUCUGCCUCACUUCCUGUCCGUCACCCCUUUUCCUUUCCAACCCCGGAACAUAUCUCUCCACUGCAACACAUGCCAAACAACGCAUAACACAUAAUACCCCUAAGGGUAUUAACUGUAAGGUUUUGGCAUAAUAUUAAUAUAUAAAUGUUAAGCACAAGUCAAUGACUUGACCUUAUUACGCAAGUGGAGCAAGAUAUAGGAUUUAUAUAUAUAUAUAUAUAUCAGGAUUUCCAUAGCAACGUGACGUACACAGCGCUAUUUUACUAGCUUGUUUUCUGUAAAGUCGUUUUAUAGGUAUGCAAUUAUAUUGUAACAGCUCAAUUGCUAAA